AUGGAAGAGGUAGAGCUCCUCCGGCAGGAGGUCGACCGCCUCAUCCGUGAGCUAGAUGAAGCGAAUCACGAAAAAGUGCAGAGUGCGAAGUACGGUCUGGUGCUCCUCAACGAGAAAGCAGCUCUCACCCGACGUUGCGACGAGUUGGAAAAACAUUACGACACUUCAAAGAGUGAACUUGAAAUUCUGAAAGAGGCUCUCAAAAAGGUUGAGACAUCUCAGAAGCUAUCAACAACAACCGGCAUCGAGCAAGAGGAUUCUCUCCUGCAGGAGUCUGCCCAAAAGGAGGCCUCACUGACUUCGAGUCUCCAGGAGUUGGAGAAGGAGCUCAAGUCAGUCAGACAGGAGUUGGGUAGGGUCACCGCAGAGAGAGACCAGAUGAUCGCCGAUGCGGUCGAACUCAAAGAGUCCUAUAAUAAAAGCGAUUGGGAGCGUAAGAACCUACGCAGUGAGCUCAAGGAUGUUAAAUUGCGCGAACAACGACUCCUCUGCGACAACAAUGAGCUCGAAGAGGAGAACAUCGGUCUUCAGAAGCAGGUGUCCAAACUCAAGCAGAGUCAAGUCGAUUUCGAGGCGGUCAAGCACGAAGCAAGACGGCUCGCCGAAGAAGUCGAGGCAGCCAAAGGUCAAGCAGAAGAGAUGUUUGGCCUCAAAGAUCUCGUCACGAAACAAUUAGAAGAAACCCUGGAUAUUCUACAGCGCGAACGUGAACAAAAAUAUAUCUUGAAAAAAGAGUUGGACCAGAGAGACCAAACCGCCGCACAUUCGGGUAACAUCGCUGGACUCCGUCUCGAGCUGGGCGAGGGAACGGCCGACGACAAAAUUCGACCGUCGACGGUCGGUGAUCUUUUCAGUGAGCUUCAUCUGACCGAGACGUUGAAACUCGAAAAACAGCUGGAAGAAAUGGAGCUCGAGAAAGACUCACUCAUCAAAACGCUCGAGAGCUCUAAACUCGAGUGUGAGCAGUGUCGUACCGAGCUCGAGGAUAGGAAGAAGAAAUUGCUUUUGCUCGGACAGCGCAUCGACGCUAUUGUCAUGCAGGCCGAAAACGAGGCCAACUCUAAGACGGAGACCGCGGCAGGACUCCUGUCCACAUUGAAACGGGUCCAGGAAGACCUGACGAGUAUGGACGGAGUAGACGGGCAGGACAUCAGUGAGAACGUGCUCCUCAAGAACCAAGUCGCAAACUUCAUGAACAAGAUCUCAACCUACGAGCAGCAAAUCUCCGAUUUUGGCGAUGAUUUGAAAAUUCUAGAAAAUAUCGGGGACUCUUUCCACGGCAGCACGACGUCGGCGCUCGAGGACAUCGCGUGCGUACAGGACGAUAUUGCGCAAUUGUACCAUCACGUCUGCGCUCUGAACGGACAGACACCGAAUCGUGUCGUGCUCGAUCACGCCAAAGGCGAGCAGAAAGAGAACUCGAAGAGUCGGGUCGAGGUGCUUUCCGAUAAUUUCCGUACCGAAAGUUUCCGACAGCUCUCGUUCAAGAAAGUUGAUCCCCACGCUGUGAAACUGCAAGUUGAAACUCUACGAGAUCAGGUGAAAUUCCUCAAAGAAGCCGUCGAGACGGCCGUUGGAAACCCACACAAGCUUGCAGGAUCUGGAUCUGGGAACUCUGGGGCGACUUCCCUGGAGGAGGGCGAUCCUCAGGAGCAAAUCAUAAAGCUCAAGUCGCUGGUGUCCACGAAACGCGAGCAGAUCGCCACUCUCCGCGCAGUGCUCAAGGCCAACAAGCAGACUGCCGAAAUCGCUCUAGCCAACCUGAAGUCCAAGUACGAAACGGAAAAGUCAAUCGUUUCCGAAACGAUGCAGAAGUUGCGGCACGAACUCAAGAGUUUGAAGGAAGACGCGGCGACUUUCGCAUCGUUGAGAGCGAUGUUCGCGGCCCGCUGCGAAGAGUACGUAGCCCAGCUGGAUGAACUCCAGAGGCAACUGAGAGCGGCCGAAGAGGAGAAGAAGACCCUGAACUCGCUUCUGAGAUUGGCCAUCCAACAGAAAUUGGCGCUCACACAGAGAUUGGAGGAGUUCGAGAUGGACCGCGAGCGGUCUCAUCUUCGAAGGUCAGGUUCGGCGACAGCGUCACCCCGAGUGGCUCGGAGCACGCCUAGAGGGAGCCCCCAUCACGCAUCUCUACCGUUCUUCAACAAUCAACGCCAACCGAGACCGUCGGGGGAUUUCUGAGCAGGUUUCUAAGUCGCUUGAGGGAUCGAAAUUCAUGAAGCCUUCCAUUUUGGUAAUCUGACUCGAGUCUCUAACACGGUUGA